AUGCCCAUGGGACCCCUUCGCAAGCUCUCCCUUGCUAACUUUAGUACGAAGAUGGCCCGAUUGGAUGCCACCAUGGAAUCGUUAAACGGCAACACCCACGUCGCAACCUUGCAAAAGUGGCGCGAGGCAGGAAAGGAGGCAGAGUUCCUGGUUGAGCUCACUCGUGGUGCGGGUGAGAAGAAGCCUGAAACCGCCGCAGAGAUGGCAAAAUGUCUGGCCAAGGGUUCUCCGACUAUGUCGCUAGUCUGCCGCGAAGUACUUGCCGCUCGCAUUCUUGAUCCAGUGGAUCCGCAGAAGUACAAACAGCACCAGAAGCUCCUCAUUGGAGAGGCUACGCCAGUCAACGCUUACUGGAUUAUGUCAACGCUGCGUGCCUUGUGCAUCGAUGCUCGAAUCUUGCACGCCGGUCUGUCCAACAAGGCCAAGGCCGAAAUGGUAGAUCUCUUUAACGACCCAAAGAGCAGCCUGAAGGUGUUGAUCAUGAUGUAUGACGUUGGAGCUUAUGGCCUCAAUCUUCACGAGGCCUGCAAUCGCAUCCUUAUCACGUCGAUCGCCAGAUCUUUCGCCCUCGAAGAACAACUUUGUGGGCGUACUAACCGCGUAAGUCCAGAAGUACUUCUUGAGCCAAGUGGUGACUAA